AUGUCGAGUGAGAUUAAUCUCCAGGCCGACGUCGGCCAGCUUACGCUGCAAGGCCUUAGCGCGUUCAACACACUCCUUGCGACGCUGACUGCCGAUGAUGUCAACCCGAUGGCAAUGAUCCAGAUGGAGAACCUCGGAGCAGCAUUUCCAAUCAACGGUAAAUAUGCGGCAAAGGUUCCGGAUAUGCUCCAACGCUGCAGCUCCUCGCGCCUCGACCGCCUCGGUCUCGUCGUGGGCUGGCGUAAGGGAGAUGCAGCUUCGCUCAUGGCAAAGUCGGCAGGUGGUCAGGCUAUUGCGCUGCUGGCAACUGCAUUGAUGGGAAUCUCAGGAGACCGUGGAGAUGUGUUUUUUGGGCUGUCUCGGAAACUCCUCCCUGCAUCUAUUGCAUUAUCAAGUAUCAGCCAACUGGAGGAUGUUGCACGUCUCCUAUCUAAAAAACUGGCACCGUUGGGAUCUGGCAACCUCGUCGCUGAGCAGGUAUCCCUGAUCCACGACGUUUACACGCAGCUGCAAAAGCCAGUGCCCACCGAUCUCCUGGAGGUCAUGAGCACAGAAUCGGCAGUCGACUUAUUAUAUGCUGUAUCCCGUGCACUUCGCGAGGACGGUGCCCUCGUCCGAAUUUCGGGAACUCAAGCAAUGGGUUAUAUAUACUCGCUUGUUACAAUGAUGUUCCCCCAUGAUUGCCUUGUGACGGUCGACAAUUUUGUCGUCUUUGAAGGCGAAAACAGAAAGGUUCUCGUCGAGUUUGAAACUGCAUCGGCCGAGCGCCCGACAGAGAUUAAAAUUGAGACCAUAUUGAGGAUCUCUCACGCAGUGCCUUUGCCCAUUGUUAUUGAGCCUCGAGAGCGCAAGGUGUUGGAGUGCGCAGGCCACUUCACCUGGGAAGGGUUUUUGGCCGAUCAGCUGCAGCUUAACCUGCUGGAUCAUGGGAUUAAAUGCACUGAAGAACUUCGCGUAGCUAUUGCCGGCGUGCUGGUUCUUAUUCCUGCAGAACUAAAGGGAAUGGCAAUGUUUCCGGAAAGCCAUCCACUCCCACGCUCAGGGCUUGUUUCCCUUUUGGGAGAUCACCCUAACUACCGAAUCUCCCAGGUUUGCCAGACAAUCCUUCGAAUCCCGCCAACGGAGCGUCCGCAAAAUAUUGAAGAGGCAUUGGCACAGCUCAUGCACGUGUUUCAGUCAGAUACCAAAUCCCGAGUCUCCUGCUCUUGUGGCCUCAUUCUGAACAAAUGCAAUCCUUUGCAGGGAUGGCCAGACCUGCGGUAUCGAGACAAGGAAGAGGACUGUAGACUUCGACAUAUAUGGAACAUCGUUGGCCGUGCCUUGGACAAAGCGUUGGUAGCCUUGUUUGUCGAGGCAGGGAUAAACGCCACAGUCUGGGGCAACGGGUGGAAGUGGUACGGUACUAGACUGGCCACGCAAUUUCUGACAUACAAGUACUCUCAGGACACCUUCGAUGCCAGUUGCCAGAAAAUCCAUAGCGAGAUCAUGUCAUUGGCAGGCUACAUUUCGGAGACCAAAGACCGAGUUAUCGGCCAACUAGCCUGCUCAGAUUCAAGUACAAUUUAUUCCGGUGUCCUUCGAACCAUGUCUAUAACCCCGGACCGUGGGGUGCUCUACUAUCUGGUUGAUGGACGACUUCAACUCAAUGGCCGAUAUCACUCAUCUCUCCGCACUCUUCCAGUUCCCGAAAGACCAAAGGCAACACGAUCUCUUUACAUGCACAAAGGCGUGGUUAAGCCCUCUUCCUUUGGCGAACAUCUAGACCUUCUGCUCACUGUACAUGAGCGGUCAGCCUUCUUGGAACUUACCUGCGCCGUACGAUUUUCUGGAAAUACCGUGCGUCUGCAACUAGCCCGCGUACUUAUUGCGUCUUAUGGUCUUGAGGAAAGCGAACCUUGUGAACACUCUCCAACAGAAGAAUUGAGCGCAGACAGGAUGGAAAAUAUAAUGACCACGUCUGUGGCGGCUCCGAGGGCACAGGAGAAGAAGAUUGCCAUUGUUCAGACAGCAGGAAAUGCAACCGCGCAGCUCCUCAGCUGCGAGUUGGCUGUGCCUACAAUCAUACAAAGACGAUCCUGUCUGAACUGUACGUAUGAUGAGGCGGAUGGGAAGUUUAAAAUGAUUAUUGUUGGCUAAUAACGAGGAUUAUUGAACUUCGGUUGAUUCUAGGGGCUUGGACGCAAAGUAGUUAGAGGAUUAGCGAUCAUAAACUUUAGUCUGCUAGGAUUCAGUUCCGUCAGAAUCUGUAUGUAAACAAUGAUAAUGUGUAGUGCGAAGCGUGGUAUUUGCUGUCUAUUUUGUCUUUUUUUUUUUUUUCAUCCGUCGCAAACACGCAUAGUCAGACCACUCCACAUACUGGGCACAACUUGAAGCUGAGAAAGAAAAUCUACAUUGAAAAGGGAGCCUUGGAAGGGGCGAGCAAUGGCCUGCUGGCU